AUAACUGUUGCUUCUGAUCGGAACAUACUGGGGAGGUUCCUCAAGGAUCUUCUCCAACGAAGAUAGAUGGAUUGGUAGAAUUAUUAAUGUGUAUUACAACCGUCAUUCGGAGUGGUUAUUUCAUUUCAUAAUUUCGAAUGAAAUGUCAAACUGCAUCCAAGCCAACAUUGUGUGAACAACAUUGGCUUUCAAAAAUCCGGAAGUAAACAACUAUUUGAAUUCGAAAUUCCGACCGGAAGUAGUACCGCAGUAACGAGAGGUAAACUUGAAUGUUAUAAAUAUGGACGAGCGUAGUCAGACUUGGUUCACGCUCUUAGAGGAAUCUUCAGAAUGGAAUGAGAAUAGCAAUGCCUCUCAAGGCACCACCAAUCUGGCAACAUCAACAUAUAUCGGCAGUACACAAAAGCCGAAAGAACUGCCUCAGCUCUCAAGAGUAUUAUUUAACAGUUACGGCCAGAUUCUCUCGCCAAUUAAAUCUACAAACCCUGAACCAGUUCAGACAUUUGAGAAAACUGGAAAUCUAACCCAAUACACAAUAGAAUCUACUGACGAAUCAACAAUUAAUACAUUAAAAUCAAAUGCAAACUCUAUUUUGCAGAAACCAACUGAAACAAGUAAUUCUUUGACACUUGACACGUCCAGACCACCAAAAUUCAAUAAGCAUCUUAAUGAGCAAAGCAACAAUAAUUGUUCCAAUAAUGUACUUGGAGCCACUGCAAAUGAUGUACGUCUGCAAGGCAGUGGCUCAAACCCUCUUACCAAAGAACCAAAAUCUUUACAAUUUCCGUAUCCUAGUACCAAGUCAAUGCAAAUGCAGGUUUCCUCUUUUGAAAUGAAACUUUCAAAUUUACAAGGUGACAAAACUGAUUUGUUGAACCUGUCACCUAAUCACAGGAAUUCUCUCCCAUCGCUCUUUGAUCCAGUCUUGUUAGUUCGAACAGAACCUGUGGGACAAGACCUUUCAAAGUCACACCGAUCUUUAUCUGCCCCAAUAUCAACUACAAAAGUUAACGAAGUAACAAAUCAGACAGCAGUCAGUCAUAAAAUGAAAGACAACAUCACCAGCUCGUUAGACCCAAUUAUAAUUGAUUCUUCGACAGACCAAAAGAUCCAGUACCAGAUUAAGGAUGACCAUCUUGAUGGCAACAAUGAGAUUCCCACCAAUGCUACUGAUGCAACAAGUAGUGUUAAUAGUUCAACUAAUGCCACAGGAUUUGCUAGCAAUUUGUCUUCAGUAACAGAUUAUAUGUCUGUUAAUGAGCGUUUAAAGUUGUUACCAUUGACAUCUAAUACUGCCAAAGAUAAUGAGAAAAUUGAUGAAGAUUUGGGUGAUGCUCAAGAAAAUGCAGGAAGCCUUUUUGCACUUGAGAAUUACAGUGAAAGUAGAGAUCGUUUCUUGUUACUUGAAGGCCAGAGUAGUAACGUCACAGACUUUUCAGCAAGUAAUAAAGUUUCAAUGACUCACAGAAGUGUAUUUGAUCCAUGUAUAAGAGAGAAUUCUGCACCAGUUGGAUCUGAGUCCAACGGACAAAGCUUGAAUCCAGGAGCAGUUCACCUGUCUUUUAGUGACAGUGAUGAGGAACCAACAAACAACCAAACAUUAAAAAAAGAUUUUGAUUAUUCCUUGCCUAUUGCAGAACAAGAACGAUUACUUCCAACUGGAGCCGAUUCUGAAUUUCUAGAACGAGAAGCUAAGAGUGGCAGGAUUAAGAAAUCCAAAUAUAUUUACAGAACAAAGAAUAAGAUAUCUGAUUUAGAAUCAGACCAACCAGAAAAUAUUUCAGAGGAAGUAAAUAGUGCACAAUUACUAAAUGCUGAUAAUUUACUGUACAGUACUAAUACUAAUAGGUAUAGAACCAGUACAGAACAUGAGCUUAUUGAAGCUAAAGGUUUUACAAGACCAAAUCCAGAUAUUCAGGGUAGCACAGAUGAUAUUUCAAAAUCUGUAGAUAAAUCAAACAUCAUUCCCCAGUCUUUAGACAGCUUGAAUGUUAACAAUCAUGCCAGUUUUGAUGAUAUCAGAGGUUUAACGAAAAGCUUUGCAGCAAUAUCAAACCAGGUGGAUCAAAUAAAAGCAUCUAUUGACUUAAAUAAGCAAAUCUUGAAGUCUAGAUCCUCUAAUGAAUUAGAAAAAGAGGACUGCGUAACUAAAAGGUUUCUACAAAAUAGUGAACCACUUGAAAGAGGUUUGAAUGAUACGUCUGAGCGAUUCAUUUAUGGUUCAGAGAGUUCUUCUAUCAAAAUUCCAGCCAGUUUAACUCAGCAGAAUCCUUCAAAUUUUGAUGGAAAUAUUUUGUCUGGAGAAUCUUCCAUUUUAAGUUCUACCAGUUGUCUAAGGCAGCCAAAAUCUUCAUCGGCUUCUCUUUUACAGCCAAAAGAUAGCUCUGGAAAUGUAGACACAGAAGAAGAUGACACUGAUGAGCUUAUACGAAUGGCUUCAAAACUUGUGGAAUCAUACUCUAAAGAUAUUUCAGAUGAUUCUAAUCAGACACAAUUUUCAUAUUCUCCACAUUCCGUUGUCAAUGCUGAUACUUCUAAACAAACACAUGCUGUUUCCAGAGAGAAAAAUGACUCCAGAUUAUCUAACAUUUUGACUGAGUCAGGCCGAGGAACAAUGCCCAGCUCAGAAGGAAUUGUCACUCCACCGCAAACAAACCCUACUAGUUUUCAAAAUAUGAAUUCUUCUUAUACACAUAAGCAAGGCAAAAUAAGCCCCUCUAAAAAGGAAUGUUGUAAACAAAAUGAAAAUGUCACUUCUGUAGAUUUAUCUAAUUCUUUCCUUGAAACUAAUCUGGCAUCAAGAAGCCAUUCAAGUAACUCAGCUCAACAAGAGAAAACUUCUGAAGUUUUGCCCAACAAAACUAAUUACAAACAGAAGAGGUUGGUUUCUACAUCUGCUGCUAUGUCUGAGAAUUUCCCAAAUAUUACUUUGUCAUCGUCAUCAAGUAAAGAUUAUACUACACAGUAUGAUAGCAACUCAAGUAGGCUGUUUGAUUAUGAUGGAUCUCAAGAUUCAGAUUCACUUGGAAGGCAAGUAAAUAAUCUACUCUGUCGUACAGCUUAUCUUGAAUGUAAAACUUCAGCCUCAGCUCAUUUCAAGUCAGAUGUCCUGCACCAGUCAUCUCAUCACAAACAUACAUCCUCUUUGCUUUAUGCUAACACAUCCAUAAAUUCCAACAAAAACUCAGCAAUAACUGAUGGUGCCUCUGCAAAAAGUCAAGACACAAGUUUCAGUCAACUGAAGCAAGAUCUUAUAGAUCUUCAGCAUGAUCUCAAUGAGAACCUGAGCAUAGAAAAAAAGCAGUUGGGAAUCAGUGAUAAUUGGAGCCCAUUGAAAAAUUUGUCCACUGAAGAUAAUGAUUUGAUUGAUUUUAAUGAACCAAGACUUCCAAUUGAAGACAACCAAGGUUCUUCAGGAUUGAUGCCAAAUUCAGAUUUGUCCAAAUUUGAUUUUAAGAAUUUAUCUCCAAGUGAGAAAAACACUUCACUUAGUCUUCCUUUGCCUCUGGCUAACACUAAGGAGGAGAAGAAAACCUUUGAAAGCCUUCAUCUUUCUUGGCAAAAUGAAGAUACUUCUCUGAAAAAUGUUAUGUCUUUUAAGGAGUUUUUUAAAUGUUCAGGGUCUUCCAAGAAUGAUAACCAAAAGUUACAGAACAAAUCCUAUUCAACAUCAUUUUCUUCUUCACAGUCCAGCAGUGUUCCAAAUAGUUCUUCAAGCCAAAGUCCUUAUAAUCAGCCACCAGCAAAUGAUAGCUUGGAAUUAAAAGAUGAUCUCAGUUUACGUGUAGAGCGUUUAUUAUCUAAAGAAUCUUCUUAUGAUAUCCCCAAGAUGAGUUGUUUGCAGAAUGUUCGUCCCAAAGAGGGUUUUUUCCCAAAGGCCAGUUUUGAACUAAAUUCUUCAUCUGAGACCGAAACUGAACCUAGAUUAAUGGAGGAUAAGUCUUCUACAAUAAUGCCAAAGUUAGAUAAAAAAGUUGAUAAUGGACCAUUAAUAAAUCAGACAGCCUCAAUAGAACCUCCAGAGGAUUUUGAUUAUUUUGAUCCAUUACUGAAAUCAAAUUCUGAAAAUAAAGUUCAGAAUGUUUCUAAAGAAUCAAUGAAGAUAAAUUCUUUGAAUGAAUCCUUGCAGAAACCGAAUUUUAAUCAACCGCUUAUUCAAGGUUUAAAAGCCCCUGAUAAUUAUGUUGCAACAAGCCUAGCAUCUAAAAUAUCAAAUGUUUCUCAGUUAGUUACUUCUGGCCUUCAUUCAAAAUCAAACAAUGACUUUACAGGUGUUAAUGGCAAGAAUAAUAAUUCAAAACCAGUUGAUUUGUCUUGUAAAGACUCAUUAUAUACUACAGGUGAUUUGAAGAGACCUGAAGAUAUUAUUAGAAAUCAGUUAAACUCCCCUAAUUCUGAAACAAACGAGGUUUUCCAGAAUCCAACUUGUGACAGUUUAAACAGUACUAAGUUCCCUGAAGAUGAUGUUCGUAAAUGUCUUGAUUGGUCAAACAUGACAGAUUUUGAUUCUCCUGCAAAAGAACGCUGCCAAGACACUAAUGCCAAACAUUCAACGUUGUUUUUCUCAAAGUCAUCUUUAUCUCAGACUUUUAAUAACUUUGAUAUGUCAAACCCUGAACCAUUCCCAAGAAGCCAGGAAAAUAAUUCUAAGAACUAUAGCCCUUCCAAUUCAAAAAGUAAUCUGCCAAACAAACCAGCAUAUUUGUCGACAUUUAAGGAAACUGUGCCAAAUCACUCAGCCACUUCUGAAGAUUGUGUUGAUUAUGAAUUCUUAAAACCUAAAGCUUCUCCCACAAUGCUCCAACAUACUGAAUUAAAUUCAAAUGAUAAUUCCUCUGGAAAUAUAACUAAUAAGAUACUGGAUAAAUACCAAAGCCCCGUAUUACAUAGAUCUGAAAGUUUCCAAAAGUCAUCCUUUCUAAAUCAAUCUCUAAACGCUGAUCCUUCUGUUAGACCACGUAAUUCAAUCAAUAGGUCUCACUCUUUAGAAGAAUUUCAGAAACAAAAAGUAUCAUCAUUGGCACAGAAGAGAAAUACCUACAGAACUAAACCAAGAAACUCUUCUGAAAUGCUAAGUAGUUCAUCUGACAGUGACUCAUUGAAAAGGGAUUUGCAUAGAUUAUCAGCCGAUCUUGAACAAGAUUACGAGAGAAAUGUGAAGCAUAGUCAGUUAACAUGCUCAUUGCCUACUAGAAUUGGUACGACAAGUGAACAAAUUUCUGUUGGUGUCUCACCGAAAAAUCAAUAUCCACACUCUUUGCCAGCCUCACUUAAUACUAACAGAGAUUUAUUUGAAUUUUACAAAAGCAGAGAAGAUUCACAAAUUCAUUCUUUACUUUCUAAAUAUGAAUUACCCAUGGAAAGUAAUGUUGGCAGCAACAGUACUAACUUUUCGCAUAUAAUUUCUGCACAUAAUUCAAUACCUGCAUCCUCAGGUGAUGGCCUGUGUAUAAACUCAAGGCAAUAUAAACAAUUUUUCACGGAUGCUGUUCUUUUAGAUAACUUAACAGAUUCUGAAGAAGCCAAGAACAAUCAGGAGUCACCAGAUAUGUAUCAUAGCAGCAGCUGCGACCCAAGAGAAACCAGUUCCCAGAGCAAGCUGAACCCAUCACCAUCUGGGUCAGAUAGUAGUACCUUAUCACAGAAGACUUGGACCUUGAGGCCUUACAAACCUCCAGGGUCUCAAGAUUGGUAUUACACUGGAGCUUCAGGAUUUCCACCAUUUUCUGUGAGUGAUAGUGGCACUAUAACCACUGCCACAACAACAACAAUGGAAAGUGGAGACACAGGUUCUGAUGAUGCUAUUGGACCACAUAUUCAGAAAGAAUUUCUUGGUUCUCGACCUGAUGGCCCUUCUAUACCUGGUAUUUAUAGUCGUGCUCCUGGUAAAAAGAAAUCUAACACAACUGACAACCCUUUGCUUUCAACUAUUCAAGAACGGUCUACAUUGAAUGACAAGGAUAAAAUGAAGACUAAAAGUAAACAAGAAAUAAAAGAGAGCACAUCCUCUUACAGAGAAACCAGGAGAAACUGGGUUGACAGUCAGGAUACUUAUUCUAGAUUUGAUUCAAAGAAGCUUUCGGAAUCAAACUAUCCAAAUGAAGUACAUCAUACUGCAUCAAAAGUUGAUUAUGUGUCUUCUGAUCAGCUCGAAUCGUUCAGAAAAAAUUCCAGCUCAAAAGAACAAUUUGAUCCCACAAAAAGCAAAGGCUGUCAGAGACACAGAAAUGGCCGUCAUGAAGGUCUUGAUUUACAAGGCGUUAAACAUAAGGAAACCACUGUUGUGCAUGGCAUACAACGAGAUGCCAACAGCUACAAACAGUCGUCUUUCGAAUCAGUAACAACAGUUGAGACACCCAGUGACUUCAGCACUGACCCGGAGUCAGCGACAUCAAGCAGCAAGACUAUAGAAAGUUCACAUUUCGUCAGCCACGAUUCAGAUGCACUUGUACUUGCAUUGGCUAAAAAUGAAGAAACUGGGAUGCAGCAAGCCUGGGGAGAUCUUACCAUGACUGGUCACAACUUGCCUAAUGGGGAACAAGUAAUUUUUAGAAGUGAUAUGUGUGUGACUUACAAACCAACAGAACCAACCAAGAGUCAACUUUCAAGACAGGAUUCUUAUAGCCAGAGAAUUUCGCGAUCAGCCCAGGAACUUGACUUGUUGUGGCAGAAAUUUAAGCAACAAGCAGCACCACCUUCUCCUGAGAACAGUCUUGACAGCAGUCGUUUGGAACAGAUACAGCACCUUGUAAAAAAUCCAACUCAGGCAUUGGUGCGUCGUUCAAUCAACUUGUUGGAGGAAAAAAGACAGCAGCAAGCUGAAAGAGCUGAACAAAAUCUAGAACUACAAAAGCAAUCACUGUUGAAGCAGAAGCUCCGAGAGGUUGAUGAUUCUACUCAGAGUUCGGUUACAAGUGGCGCUGAGUCAGUUUACAGUCUUUCAGAAAAUGUUGAAACGAUGUCUGGUUCAUAUUGUGCUGAAGAAAGAGAGAAUGCCAAUAUUGUUUAUAGUGGUUCCUUUGACCCAAUGAUUGCCAAACUGAGGAAAAAGAUUGAAAAGCAGCGUCAGAAAUGUGAGCUAAUGAAGAAACGAGACAAAGCCAGUGAAGAGAAACUGCAUAAACUGACCAGCAUUUUAGUAACACGACAAAUGAAUGAUCUCAUUUUGGCUUCAGAAAUGAAUAGCUUGUCCACAACAUCCACUGCAACAUGCAUGACUAAUUCAACAAUGGAAUCAACUGAGCAAUCUUCAUCCAAAAAGAUCCCUGUGUAUUCUCAAUGUUGUGGUAAAUGCAGAGCUUGCAAUGAAAGAUUGACUUCAAAGCCUAGGCACAGCUCAAGGCUUAAACACCCUAAACGGCCAUAUCGAGUAACUUCUACUAACUUCACUUCAAGGAACACUGCCAGGAGCACUGAAUCAAAAUUUGGAACAUCGUCCCUAACUGUUGACCACAUUCCAAGCAAGCAUAAUGUGAAAGGUCAGUCUACUGAGAGACAACCGAAAGGAGAUGAUCGUCACUUUAUGGAAGCACCAACUUUCAGUGAGGUUUCGGAUAAAAGAAAACCUAUUAGAAAAGUCCUCCCAAAACAAGAUGCAACAACCAUGGUGCCCUCACCUCUCACUGUCUGUGAUGCUAACCUUAAUUAUUCUGCUAGCCAAGCCGAGAUGAGCAAAAUAUCAGUAGCUGUGCAGACAUCCCCUAAUCUUGAAAAUAAUACCAAGUAUCAAACUACUGCUGAGUGUACUACAUCAUACAGCAAAACAAGUAUCAAACCCACUUCACCAGGUGAAAUCCAAAUUGCUCCCAAAUCAUGUCCUGCUGAAGAUCUCAAAGUUAUACCUGUGCCUUUCAUGUGGACUCCAAAGAAGCAAAAAUCAAAAACCAAAACCCUCCACCCACCUGACUGUCAUUAUAGCAACCAGCAGAGGAAAUUAGCAGAGAAAGAGAAAAUAGGUGAAACCUGGUUUGUGUCCCUCUCUGAAACGAAUAUAAGCAGAACUGAUCAUAAUUGUCGAGCAUCAGGCACUUCUAAUUGUAAACGAAGUCAGAAACAUAUCAGGAGUGAUUCAGCAGGUGUCAGGAAAGUGAGCAAACAUAAAGAGCAGAUACCUGUUAUCUUCAAUAACUCAUUCGACAGCCAUUCAUUUUCUUCGCGGAGCAACAAACCAAGAAUAACAUUACAGGAGGCCUUUCAGAACUACAUGCCAAAUUGGAUAUCAAGGAGCAGAGAACGGCAGAAACGAAUUUUAUUGGCUGCACAAGAAAGGCGCUACCAGAUGCAGAUGGAAAUGGAACGCAACAAAAUCUUUCAGAACAAGAAACCCUCAACAACUGCAUCUGAAAAUGAUCCCGUUUGUGAGAAUCUUUACAAGCCGAAGAAAAGAGCGUUUUCCAAACAAGAAAUGAAAGAAUUAAACUGGAAGCUUUAUAGAAAUCUUCCAGAAGUUAUAAGUCAAAAAGUUGAACAGACCCGCAAGAUUCAGUAUAAAUAUAACAAGACCAAAAGUCGUGUUUUCAGUAUGAAAGUACAGAAAAAUAUCUUGAACAAAGUCAGUAAAAAGAUAUGAAGAUAAAACAGAGAAACUCCACUUCCGGAGUGUUUGAAAUGUCCAGCAACAGCCAUGUACAUUAUAUUUAUAUGUAUAUAUAAAUAAAUAUAUAUAUAUAUAUAUAUAUAUAUACAUAUAUAUAUAUAUAUAUAUAUAUGUAUGUAUGUAUGCAUAUUUAUAUAUAUAUACCUGUAUGUAUUAUAUUUUUAAUAAACGUUUUUGUGCACUA